UUUACUAUGGCUCGUUAUCUCACCUUAUACGUUAUUUUAUCGUUAAUGGUGCUCCAGGCGGGAGGCAAUACAAGCAAUACGAACAAAACCAAAACAGGAGCAGGCCAACACGAGACACAUCGAUGUGUUUCAAAAGAAUACUUUGAUGUCAAAGAGGGGAAACCAGUCCAAAUUAUCUGGAAUAAAUCCUCUAGUGGUGAAGAGCUUCGUGGCUAUCGCCUUGUCCUAAACUCAGAGAUCAUAGCAUACUUGCAUAAAGGAUCCUUAAACAUGACUUGCAAUGAAUUUAUAAACGAUCCAAGUCUGAAGGAAUUCUGCAACAAGAGAUUAGAAUUCUCCAGCAACACAUCAUCUAUCAUACUAAAGAUAAGAGAUCCUUCCAGGCAUGAAAACUGGAACUUCACUCUGAAAUAUGUGUUGACGGGCCCAUCGCCCUGUAAUCGUCUGGACAUCAAAAUUAUAAGAGUUAUACCGUCUGCAGUCAACACUGAGUCUCCUGGUGGUCAAAACAUGUCUGACAACCCACAAAUUGAAGUUACGCCAUCUGUAGUCAACACUGAGUCUCCUGGUGGUCAAGGCAUGUCCGACAACCCACAAAUCAAAGGACCAGGCAGCAAAAUUAAGGCUACUCUUGGUGUUACCUUUGUGGCUGUUGCAGCAGCUUUAUUGCUGAUUGGAGGAAUUAUAUGUUGGUAUUGCAAAGGUGAUGCAAGGUUUGCUGAUGAAGUGGAGUUAGCCAAUCACUGAGUCAUAUUUUGUACCUGCUAAUGUAUUUUGACCGAAAUUUUGAAAUUUUUAACUCAAGACAUCUUAAGGUCUUCAGAGCACUGACCAACCUUCACGAAAUAGAAGGCUUUAAUAGAGAAUGGAAUAUUUAUAGGAAAAUGUUUCUCUAAUAUGUAACCCAAGGCUAAUACUUUAUUAGGUAAAGAAGUAACUAAUUUAAAAUAAAUAAAAAAUUAAUUAUGCAAGUAAGACUUGCAAGAUAUGCAAACAAUUCUCCAGCAUAGAGCUUAGAGCAAUGAAUGGAGUGUCAAUACCACCGCUUUCCUAAAAAGUUAGAUGAUCAAAAAAUAGUUUUAAAAUUUUAAUUUUAAAAGCCUCUAUGAGUUCUAAUAAACCCUUUUGUUGUAUUACCCUGUGUUUUGAUUUCUCAGAGUGAGAACUUGACUUGUUGUUUUUACGACAUUCCAUGGAAAAUUCGCUCUAAGAGGUUCUUAAAUUAAGUGUUUCUUUUUUUUUUUUUGGCGUAUUUAUUAGCAUUGAUUGCUGUCAUUUUGUAAUUUACAUUUAAGUAAAGAGAAAAAUAGCGAUAGAGAAACCGCACGAUUAACUAGAUGGCAAACAUUGUGUCGGCGUCAACCCUCAGCUGUAAAGUAGCGUAUAAGUUUUAAAGAUGAGUGUAUCACUAAGUGCGAGGGAACGAUUUGUCAGUAGCGUCUCUUUUACUAGUGAUUAAAGUGAAGUAAAAUUUUUA